AUGAAAUUGUUGCUGGGUGCAAUUGGUGCAGGAACUUUGCUGCUGCUGUCGGAACUGAGCAUGAUCGACGAGAGCAGCCCCGUGGUGCCGGUGGAGUAUCCGAAUGCCGAGAUAGAAGAAGGGACCGACUUUUAA